AUGGUACUAAUAUGUUUAUGGUUAGCGAUUUGCGUCCGCACCUGCCUCAACCGAGCGCCCACCCAAGCUGCUCGCAUCGUCCCUGAGCUCCACCUCUUCCGCUCAAAAAAAAAAGAAAAAAAAAAGAAAAGAAAACCUCUUCGUUCUGCAGGCCGAUUCAUUCCUCCCCUCCCCUCCGGCCUCCCCCACCGCCGCCUCCGCCAACCACCGCCGGCCUCCGCCCUCGCCCUCGCCCCCACAGCUGGUGACCUCGUCUACCUCCCCUCUCCUCUCCCCUCCUCUCCUCUCCUUAUCAGAAGAGAAGAGAAGAGAAGAGAAAAGGGUGGUCGGGCGACCAUGCCAGAUGCGCCCACAACCGGCCGGCGACCACAGCACGUCAUCGUCAUCGUCAUCGUCGAAAACUCUUCUUCCACCUCCCUCCCAGAUUCAUGUGCUGCUCUCGGUGCACGCCAAACCCUAGCCGCAGCCCGCAGCGCUAGCUGUUGCUGUCAAAGUUUGCCCGGCACAAGCAGCUCCGCUACCAGGACACGGACGGACCGCUCAAAUCCAUGGAUUUCUUCGAUUCCGUUCAUGCUUGCCGGGGAAUGAAUUGAUUGGAUGCGAAAAUUGCAUUUUGCUGCAGGGGCAUGACGGAGUGAACCUCAUCGACUCGCCGCAUCUGGGAAGGUAACAAUCCAUCCACAUUGGAUGCUCUGUUUGCCCAGCUCAAUAUCUCACCAUCAUGCACUUGUACUCAACAAAAUGCUACUAUUAAGACUCGUCUGUAUUUCAAAGUAGGCAUGUUUGUCGAUGGCUACUUUGAUAGCCAGUUCAGAGAGCACAUAGGUUUGAGAGAAGAACCAUUUACAACCAUGACAACAUUGAAAAUAUUUCUAUCCAUGAGUCAUCUGCUAUUUAGUCACAUUUAAAA